UGAAAGGAAAAUGGAAGACGAAGGAUCACCGGCAUCUGCUAAGUAUCGCGGGACGUCCUAUCAAGGUAGUCUGCCUGCAAGCCCUUUGGGCGCAACACCCAGGCCACCAUUACGACAGAAGUAUUCAAAAUCACGUUAUACAAGUCGCCAUGUGUCCGAGUAUGAUUUGAGCUACUCCACUGAUGAAACUGACUCGCGCCAACGGUCACGCCAUGCGUCGGAGGGGAGUAGCACAAAGUCAUUCCUCAUACUCGGACUCAUUUUCCUGGCAUCGUUGCUAGCCUUGGGAGUUGUGUAUCUCAACUUCCCAAAGCUGGAUCAAGAUGAAGUUCAGUAUAUUAAACUACCUAGAGAUAUUGAUGAUGCGAAAAAUUUGGGAAGAGUUUUGUCAAGAUACAAGGACAGAUAUUUUUACCAAGUUUUAAUUGGCGUUUUUGUUAUGUAUAUAUUUUUACAAACAUUUGCUAUACCAGGAUCUAUAUUUCUCAGCAUAAUCUGUGGCUAUCUAUUCUCCUACUACAUUGCUCUAUUCGGUGUUUGUCUGGCAUCAGCUGUAGGUGCUUCCUUCUGUUAUUUGUUGUCAUAUUUGGUUGGAAGAAGACUGGUGAGGAAGUAUAUCCCCGAGCGAGUAGCCCAGUGGAGGUCACAUGUUGAAAAGAACCGUGAACACCUGCUCAACUACAUGAUCUUUCUGCGAAUCACUCCAUUCCUCCCCAACUGGUUUAUCAACAUCACUGCCCCAGUCAUAGACGUGCCUCUCCCACCUUUCUUCUGGGGAACCUUUAUAGGAGUUGCUCCACCUUCCUUCGUAGCAGUCCAGGCAGGAACGACCUUGUACAAGUUGACCUCGUCAGGGGAUGCUGUGUCAUGGACGUCUGUUAUUGUACUAGCUGCAUUAGCUAUCCUCUCUCUGCUACCUGUUGUUUUCAAGAAACGGUUACAAAAGAAAUUUGAUUGACAUCAGUCACCUAUUAGGCAUUCUUGUGUGUGAGGAGAAUGACAGAUCUGUCUGAUUCUGUGUAUGUGUCUGUUACCAUGGUUGCCCAUGUAUUUGAUGUACUGAUAAACAGUUUCCUCACUUAAACUGCAUUUAAUGUCACGGGUCAUCAGAAGCUGUGUAGUUGUGCCAGACCAUUUUGUAUACAUCAAGGUGGUAUUGUUCACUGAUCUUCAUGGUAUUCUUGGUUGACUUGAAAGACAUGGUCAAAUCUCAAAAUGCAAGAAACUCACCACUGGCCUGUCUAGGCGUGUCCAAAUCAGGAUCUGUUUGCUAAUAUGGAUGUCUUUUGUUACCAAUUAUAAUUGGAUGACAAUUUAUAUUUGAAGUGAUUAUUUUCAGUGUAUGAACAUAAGACCGAAACAAGUCAGCUGGUAUUGUUGUACUAACCCUAUCUGACAGAGAUCUGACGUGGCCUCUAGUUCCAUGUCUUCAUAUCCACAUUCAGUAUGUGCGUAUUAUCAUGGAAAUGUCUACAUUGUGUUGGACGGUUGUCACAUGUAAUAGAACAAUGGAAAUGUACUAAAGUUGUGAUUUAAAUACAUCGUAUAUAUUUGUUUGAAAGCGUAUGGUAAAAAUCUUGUCUAUUUUUUUAUUGCCAACUAUUUGUAGUGUUUGGGGAAGUGUGCAAUCAGUACAUGGCUGAGGUUUUAUAGAAUAUAUAAAUUAAUGUCCUUGUUGAACAAUGUGUGAAUAAAUUCUGUUAAGUAGUUUUUGAACGUUUUAGAAAUCCUUAGUUUCAUUCUUGCUAUUUGAGAAUAUUUACUGAGUUGAAACUGUUGAAGCCUUAGAAUAGCUUAACAUUGGUACCAGUUUUGGUCAGGACAGAGGUUCUACUCUCAUGAACUGGAAGUACUGGGGACCAACCAUUAAGAGUUGAGAUUUCACAGUACUGAUCUUUUCCUACCUUUGUAUUCUUUUUACAACCAAGUAUUGCAGAAUAGCAUUUUACAUGUUUACUAUUAUACUUUCAUGCCUGUAUGCUGUUCAUAGUUUAUAUGAGUUCCAUACUUAAGUUCCAUUUAAGUAUGUAGCAAAUUCCAUUUAAGUAUGUAGCAAAUUCCAUUUAAGUAUGUAGCAAAUUCCAUUUAAGUAUGUAGUAAAUUCCAUUUAAGCAUGUAGUAAAACCCUGUCUAUCUGGAAACCUCCCCUUCAGGCCAAAAGGGGUGUCUGCUCUGUGCUUUUCAUUAUUUAUUUAAUCUGUAACUAUAUUUACCCAGGUGUUUAAGUUUAUGGACGUUGUGUCUUAUGCAACCUUGAAGAGAGCUCAGGCAGCUGGCAGUAGCUUAGUACUUGUAACUACAUCACUAGCCAUUACUUAGUAUUUAUCAGGGUCAUUUCUUAGAUACUUCCAUAUUCGGACAUCUAUUUCAGCAUCAGUUUCAGCAUCACUGUUAAAAAUGUAGUUGAUUACUGGAUAGACAUAUUAACCUUAUCAGAGAUCUACAAUAUUUUCUGCAGAAUGAUUUGGAUUCAUGAUAAAUUAUUUUAUUUUAUUCAUCAUAAACUUUAUCGGUCAAAAUGAAAACAUUUUCCACAUGUGGUAUUUUUGUUUUUAGAAUGUACCUGUGUGUUUUGACCACUCAUUCUGGUCUGAAUGACUAGUUUGCACUUUGUUUCAGAGAUAAGUAUCCCUGGGUCUUCUCCUGGUGUAUAACAAUUCACUUUAUUGUACAAAUAAGGAUGGGUAGAAAGUGUUCCAAUUCUACAAACCAUUUUGAUAUUAGAAUUAUGUAAAAUAAGACAUUUGACCUUUGAAUACCUGGUUUAAUGGUUUGGAUGAAAGUCCAUAAAAAUGCAAUAUUUUAUUUUAGACAACUUUCAUUUUCUUCAUCCCAAGUCUCAGUGAUGACAAAUAUUUUGGAGCAGAUGAAGAAACCAUCUGACUUGUAAAACACACUUUCUUUACUGUCACAUCAUUUGUUAUUUCAUCUAAUCAAAUUACUUUUAAGUGUUAACAUUUAUUUUUUUAAAUUUAUCUUGUGUUGCCCAUUACAUGCAUCUGUAAACCAAGUAAGACGCUAAUGGAGUCAUUGUAUUUGGUUUCAGUAUUUGUCCUAAAUACCUCCAUGUCAGAACCAUAUUUAGGUGUUAUUUAUGUAUUUAAAAAAAAAAUUAUGGUGAAAAUAAAUAUGCAGACAUUA